ACUUGGUUGGUUUUGGUUGGGAUUCAAACCAACCAUCCGCACUGUGCAUCCCUUUCUUCCUUCUUCGUCUUAUUAUUCUCCAAAACUUCCUUCUUACUCUUCUUCUUUCUGUUUCGCACCCUCCAAACGACGUUGUUUCUCGUCGUUCAGCCAUGUCGUACGACUACCUCUUCAAGUACAUCAUCAUCGGUGACACAGGUGUAGGGAAAUCGUGCCUGCUCCUGCAGUUCACCGAUAAGAGGUUCCAACCGGUUCAUGAUCUCACCAUUGGUGUCGAGUUUGGUGCUCGCAUGGUCACCAUCGAUUCUCGACCCAUUAAGCUUCAGAUAUGGGAUACAGCUGGGCAAGAGUCUUUUAGAUCCAUCACUAGGUCUUACUACAGAGGAGCAGCAGGAGCACUUCUAGUUUAUGACAUUACAAGGAGAGACACAUUUAAUCAUUUAGCAAGUUGGCUGGAAGAUGCCCGGCAGCAUGCCAAUCCUAACAUGACCAUCAUGCUCAUAGGGAACAAGUGUGAUCUGUCUCAUCGACGCGCAGUGAGCAAAGAGGAGGGAGAGCAAUUUGCAAAGGAAAAUGGACUUCUGUUCUUGGAGGCUUCUGCUAGGACAGCUCAAAAUGUAGAAGAGGCUUUUAUAAGAACUGCUGGCAAGAUUCUUCAGAAUAUCCAGGAAGGUGUGUUUGAUGUGUCCAAUGAGUCAUUUGGUAUAAAAGUUGGCUAUGGACGUCCCCAAGGUCAACCAGGUGCCAGAGAUGGAACUGUUUCAGCCAGAGGUGGGUGUUGCAGCUGAUUGAGAGGGAAACAACUCUGAAUCUAAUCCCUUUUGUGCAUCGAUUUCUGAAUUCCCUGUCUCAACCGAGUGUAUACUCUUUAGACUUAGACAUGGAACUUUUGAAUAGCACUACAAUUUCAUGUAUAGAUCUAAUCUCAAAGGCCUUCUUGGGACAGAUUUCACUACAUAGUUUAAUGGUUGGCUGUUGUGUUCAAUGCCAGUUUUUAUUUGCCUUUAUUGAUUUAUUAUUACUUGGCUUAAUAUAAACAUGGAGUAAUUUCUUAGUAGCUUAACUAAUACACUUCAUUCAGCGUUAAA